GAAGUACAAGAAAAACGGGAAGAAAAAAAGCAUAAUAAAAAUUAUGCAGAAGAAUAUGAUAAUAUGCUUAAAAUUUUUGAGCUGAUGAAUACACAGCUAGAACAGUAUGAUUUUUUUAAAUUACAUACUUGUUUAUUUUCUUUUGUAAUAUUUUUACAGGUUACUUUGAAACCAACGUCCGAAAAGUUCACGGUACAGGAUAGCAAUUUAAAUGAGGAACAAUUUAUCAGAUUGGCUCAUAUAUACCAGCGAUAUCCAAGUCUUUGGGAUGAAAAGAACAUAGCAUAUAGAUUCGCUAACAGGCGACGUGAAGCUUUGAAUAAUGUACUUGAGGAGUUUAAUGAAGCAUAUGGAUUGAAUCUAACGAAAAACGAGUUAGAAAAAGAAAUUUCAAGACUGAGAAAAGUAUGCUCGAAUGAGAAGAGACAAAAGAUAGCAUGUAAACGAAAAAAAAUAGAUUAUAAACCAAGUUGCCCUUAUUAUGAUCACAUCGCUUUUCUGGAAGUCGAUGUAACUCCGUUUGAAUGUUCACAAUGUGAACAACUUAUAUUUGGUCCAUGCCAGUACAAAGUUCAUUUAUCGACUCAUGAUGGCUCACUGCCAUUCAAAUGCCACAUUUGUGGGCAUGGUUUCAAGCUGGUCACUAACCUAACAGUUCAUUUAAGAAGACAUGCUCAAGACUACACGUUUAAUUGUGAGGUGUGUAACAAGUCCCUUGCAACGGCUACAGAAUUAAAAACUCAUGCACGAUUGCAUACGGGUGAAAAACCGUAUGUAUGUGAUAUUUGUGGGAAAGCAACUGGAUCAUUUGCUGAAUUUAAAAGACAUAGGGACCGCCACGAAAAACGACCGAAGCAUAAGUGUGAAAUUUGUUCGAAGGCAUUUUAUGAAAAACGAAAAUUAAAAGACCACGUUAAUGCCCACCUGGAAUUGCGAAACCAUCAUUGUAAUGUGUGUAACAAAUCUUUUACUAGUUCAAAACUUUUGCGACAGCACAAAUUAAUUCAUGAUGCCGAAAAAAGAUAUUCAUGUAGAAUUUGUGGAAAGCGUUUCGCACAAGGGGCUGGCCUUAAUUCGCAUAUGAAGUCUCAUGGUACAAAGUUAUCUUCAAAGCCUUUGAUACAGUGAAAUGCAUGCAUGUAAGCGUACAUAUGUAAGUACAUACGCUACGAGUAUUUCUUUCAAAAGUUUAUUAAAAUAAAAUUUUUUUAUUUGUCAGAAAACACAAAAAAUUGCAUGCGGCAUGUUGCCGCAGAUUUUAUCCUGUCUAAAAUUAAUUGCUGAUCAGCAAAAUUAAAGAAGUAACGUUAGUGUAGGUUUUAUUCAAAAACGAAGUCAUUUAGAGUUUAAAACUUUGUGCUCUGAUGCCGACAUGCAUUUCGCACACGAUCUUCAAAAGUAACACAACUCAAAAUUUGGAAUUUUUGAAAUUAUGCACUAAAAUUAUACGCAGAG